AUGUCCAAGAACACAUACGCUAGGCUAAGCUUUCAAUAUGGAAACAUUAAAUCCGAGCACAAUGUUCUCCGUGCCAUAGUAGUUGAAACAAUUGUUAAUUCUAUAGAAGUGUUAGAAAUCUUGGAAGAAGGUAACUCGGCUGACGCUGACGCCAAUUAUGCCGCUGUUGAUAGCAAGCGUCAGAGAAGUGCUGUUUGGGAUUGUUUCCGAAAACUAACAGAUGCCGCAAAUACAACGGGAGCAUCGAAGUGCAGCAUCUGUUCUGAAAAUGUUAAACAUGGCAGCAACACGUCUAACCUUUUCAAGGUAACUGGGCGAUUGAUUGUAGAGAAUCGUAGCUAUACAACUUAAACUUAAUUCCUGAACUACUAAAACGUUAUUUUGGGUACUAUUUAUAACGGUUUCGAAUUUUUUUAGCAUUUAAAGCUGAAACAUCAAGAGCAAUACAAAGAAGCUGAAAAGAAAAGAAAAUUAGAUGAAGAAAACAAUGCAAAGAAGCAAUCUAGUAAAACAAAAAAACAAACAACAAUCAUAGAUACCAUGCUACAUGGAAAAUACUCAUCCACGUGCACACGACGCAGGAAGAUUGACGACGCGGUGUUGAAAAUGAUUACAUCAGACCUUCAACCUCUAUCUGUUGUGGAAGAUGCAGGGUUUCAAUCAUUGCUACAUUUAUUGGAUCCUCGAUACAAGCUUCCGUCCAGAAGAACCAUGACACGAAUGCUACCUGAUAUGUAUUCUAAACGAGUUAAAGAGAUUAAGCAGGAGCUUGAGCAGAUAUCACAUGUUGCUCUCACGAGUGACCUAUGGACAUCAAGAGCGACAGAGAGCUAUCUCACCGUUACUUGCCACUAUCUUACUUCUUCAUGGGUGCUUCAAUCGCGGGUUCUUGAGACUUUCGCAUUCAAAUCAAGCCACACUGCUGAGAAUAUCGCUGCAUCAUUUCUGAGAGUUGCAAAAUCAUGGGAGAUAUCAGAGAAAGUUGUUGCAAUGGUAACAGAUAACGCUGCGAAUAUUGUUGCUGCAGUUCAAAUAACUGGUUGGAAACAUGUCAAAUGCUUCGCACACACCCUGAACCUCGUAGUCUCGGAAGCAAUCAAGACUGAUCUGAUCAACGGUAUAAGAAAGAGAUGCAGACAAAUUGUAACAUUCUUUCAUCAGAGCACAAAAGCCACGGAUAAGCUGAAGGAGAUCCAAGCUCAAGCACAAGUUCCUGACCACAAGCUCGUCCAGGAAGUGGAUACAAGGUGGAAUUCUACAUUCUACAUGUUCGAACGCAUCAUUGAGCAGCACGAAGCCGUUAUGACCACACUUUGUCUCUCGAAUUGCAAUGAUCUAUGCUUCUCUAUCUCGGAUGUGGAAGUGCUCAAAGCUGCAGUGGCUAUUUUGAAGCCGUUUGAGCGCGUCACAACAGAGAUAUCAGCCGAUCAAUAUAUCUCAAUCUCAAAGGCUAUACCCCUUGCAAAGUCCCUCCAGCAUUUAACCUCAGCAAGUAUCCACAAAGAUACAACCCUUGCUUCUGAGAUGAGUGCUCAACUGCGUCGACGUUUUACAGGCGUGGAAAAUGUCCAUUUGCUAGCCCAUUCCACUUUGCUUGACCCACACAUGAAGAAGCUGGCCUUUUCUAGUUUUGUAGCUGCGCGACAGGGGGAGCAAUGGAUUGUCGAAGAGAUGAAACAACAUGUUCCUGCAGUUCCCACUGAUGAACAGACAGAAGUAACAGAACAACAACGAGAUGUCGGCUUAUGGGAUCUUUUCGAUAAAAAAGUUGCAGAUAGACAACUGCGAGCAACUUCAACCCUCACUAUAGAGAGGGAGUCUACAAGAUUCUUUGAUGAUAAACUCCUAGCAAGAGAUAAAGAUCCACUAACAUGGUGGAAAGAAAAUGAGAAAGAUUACAAGAUUCUCUCCAAUCUUGCAAAGAAAUAUCUUUGUAUUCCAGCUACAUCUGUCCCAGCGGAGAGGCUCUUUUCGAAAGCAGGAGAACUUGUUUCAAUCCGACAGUCUAAAAAUGUUGAUAUGUUAUUGUUUUUAAAUAAGAACAUGUAA